AUGUACUUCUCCAAGUCGACCACACUCUCUUUCCUUGCUGCAAUCGUUCUCUGCGCGUCCAGCGUCCUCGCCAAUGAGGCUUCCGAAUCAAACUCUGUCUACGCACGCGAGAUGGAAACAGACCUCGAGGCGCGUGAACUCGAACAGGCUUACACGAACUUCGUCCGCGAUCUCGAAUACAUCGGCGUCGAAGCGCGCGACAUCGUCGAGUCUGAACCCGCCAACUUCGAGCGUGAGCUCGAGGACCUGAACGAGCUCGAAGCCCGCCGGCGCCGCCACCGAAAGCAUAGGAAACACCGCAAACACCGCAAACACCGUAAGGGCGGAAAGGGCAAGAAGGCUGCUGCCUCUCCCGACGCAGCGGCGGCGGCUACCCCCGACGCUAGCGCUGGAGCCCCCGCUCCGGCCGACGCUGCAGGCGCUGCCGCUCCUGCCGAAGCGCCCGCCGCACGCGAGUUCGAGGACGUUGACGAGCUCGAGGCGCGGGGCCGGGGCCGGGGACGUCGUGGAGGCCGUGGACGCAAGGGUUGCAAGGGUCGCAAGGGCCGUAAACACAGGAAGCACCGCAAGGGUGGCAAGCGCCGAGGCAAGAAGGCUGCCACCGCCGCCUCGCCCGACGCUGCUGCUGCCGCUGGUGGCGCGACCCCCGACGCGAGCGCUGCUGCACCCGCCGAGGCUGCUGCCGCUCCCGCUGAGGCACCCGCUGCACGCGAGUUCGAGGACAUCGAGGAGCUCGAGAUGCGCGGGCGCAGGAGACGCGGUGGCAAGCACAGGAAGCACAGGAAGCACCGCAAGCACCGCCAUCACCGUAAGGGCGGCAAGAAGGCGACGGCGGCUGCAGCUGCGUCUCCCGAUGCUGCUGCUGGCGCUGGUGCUCCCGCCGAUGCUGCUGCUGCUGCACCACCGGCUGAGGCACCUGCUGCGGAGGCCCCUGCUGCUCGUGAGGAAAGCAUCUUGAGCGAGCGUGAUUUCUUGGAGCUCAACGAGAUGCUUGAGGAGCGCGAGGUCUGA